GGUCGCGUGGGACUGAUUGAUUGUUUACUGAGAUUGCGACGUGCGCUUGAGUCGCUAGCCCGGUGGAACUGGCGGGACUGUAAGUUAGACCCUUCUUGCGAAAAAAGAAAAGGUGCGUGGUGCGUGCACUAUUUCGAGGAGUCAGGACCGCUGUCCAGCUCGGUCGGUCCUGCCCUGGUGCUGGCUUGCAUAUCUCGACGCCCGUUGCAGCAGCUUUCCAGCCAUCGCGCGCUUCGUCCUUUCUGCACGCUGCCUGCGUCUUCAAUGCAACCCCGUUCCUGCCAGCACCUUCAUUACUGUCGCUCCCAGCGCCUCGAUCGUUUCUCGCUCCCCAUCUCCGAUCAACUCGACUCUCCGUCCACGCCGUCGUCGCUCGCUUGCCGACUGACCGCCUGCCAUGGCCGCGGCCGACAUUGAGAGCUGGGACGACGAUGUCGACUUCCAGGGCGAUCUCUUCACAAACUCCGUCUCGACUGUGCAGACUCAUUUCUCCUCGCGCCUGUCGCUGCGCUCCGAAUCUGCGCCCGCUGACGAUGACUGGCAUGUCAUGUUGGCGCCCAACGACGACGCUUCGGCCAACAACGCAAUCCAGUCCGCCCGCCUCCACGCCGGCGUCCCUAUCCCUAACAAUGUCUCUCCGUCAGCUCUGAUGAGCGGCAAGAUCCAACGCCUGGGAAACCCGCCUUCCCGGCGGACACUUCCUCCCCGUCAAGACGACGACUGGGCGGAUGAUCUGGACAUCGGCGACGACGCCCCUCUCUCGCUCAAACUGCCCAAGCCUUCUCACCACCAAGAACACGAGGAAGAACACGACGACUUUGAUGACUUCACCGAAGGUAGUCUGGGCAUCCGCUUUGCUGGCACACGUCGCGACCAGCGCAAUAGAAGCUUCUCCGGCUCUCAGUUUGGCUCUGCCAUGAGUCCUAGUCUAGGCAGCGUCAUGACCGAGAGCGAGGAUGACUUUGGUGGUCUUGAACUACCCGAGGGUCCCAUUGACUUGGGCAAGAUGCUCAAGCAUCGUCAACAGCAGGUCGAAGCGCCUCCAACUUCGCAGGCCCAGGACGAGGACGACUUCGAGAGCGGUCUUGACAUUGGCUCGGGUAAUGUCUUCGAUCCCAGCAAGCUCACCCUCCACCGCAACAUCCAGCAGAGACAGACCAAGUCUUCGUCGUCGACUCGUGCUCCCACCACGACCCUCACCUUCUCCGAGAAGCCUUCUGCCACACGCAUCCCACGCCCUGUCCCCUCCUCAAAGCCGGCCUCCCGCCUGGAGCCUGUCUUCGAACCCGGAGCAACGCUUGUCACUCGUCAGCGUCCUCAACCCUCUACAUCGGGUUCCAAUUUCUUGCGCAACAAGCGAUCCAUGCCCCUGCUACGCGGUCCCCAACAAAGCGUCAAGCCCGUACCAUUCUUACCAGCCAACCUAUCAGCCCAGUCGCACCACACUACCGCCAAGCCUCCUUCCCGUACCUCUGCGUACCACCUUCGUCGCGAGGCUGAACCUCAGCGCAGCCAGUCGCCCCCACCUCGCUCUUAUUCACGAUUGUCUUCGGGCUAUGUGCCUGACACGCCGUCUCGCUCCGGUCGCCGUGCAGACCUCGCUCCUGCCGCGCUUGCACGAGAAGCUGCAUCCAAACGCACUGUGACGAAGCCGUCUCGCAGACGCAAUUUCGGUGACGGUACCGAACUUGACCUCUUUGAUGACCUCCCCACCUCGUCGACCAAGGAGUCAAGGUACCUCAAGCAGCCCUCUUCCAGGGGCGCACCCAAGUCUGUUCGCAACAUUCCCAGCAGGAUUGAUGUUUCUGGCCCUACCAAGAUUCCCUUGCCUGAGCGCAUGCAAACGCCCGCUCCGGUGACACCGCGCAGCCCCAUGCCCAUGAAGACUUUCCAGGACCAGUCCAAUACCCCGCGUUAUCUUCGCGAUACUGCAGCAAGCCGUAUCGCACGCGAGUCACGCCUCCGUGCUGCAGGAACCGGUCGUCCCAAGAGUGAGGGUCCGCUUAUGCCUGUCAGCACUAACUGGAAGGCUCAAAUCGCUGCCCGCAGUCCUCACACCAGCCCAAGUGCCUCCAGAAUCAAGGCCAAGCGCCCUCAACUCAUUGCUCCUAGCACUGCCAAUGCCGACAAGCCAAUCAUCGAGAAGGGCAUGACCUUCAACCCCCAGACUCUUCGUUGGGAGGGCAAUGAGAACAGUCUGGCUCCCUUUGAGCUUGGCCCGCUACUGCCAACCCCAACCCCGACCACCUAUGAUGCACAGCAGACCUCGUACAUGACUGCACGUCCCCUACCACCUUCGCCCCCAAGACCCGCUCUUAUCACCCCGCUCGCGUCCGACUAUUCCAAUCAAAACAUUAAGGUCGUUGGUGGCAUGGUCUUUGACCCCCGUCGCAUGUGUUGGCUCAAGCUUCGUCCCGGAGACUCUAGGAACAACAGCCCUAGCGUCACCGAAGAUGAAGAAGAUCCUUUCGCUGCUAUCGAGGAUCUCAAGGAAGGCCCCACUUCUGCUCCCGAUGGUACACAAACCACUGGUGGCGAUGAGUGGCUUGUUGGCGAAGAGUUCGAUUUGGGUCCCGAGUUCAUUCGUCGUCAACGCGAUGAGGAGCAUGCCUGGCGCCGCAGGUGUGGAACCUGGUUCCCCGAGAACGGUGACUGCCGUCAAUCCGACGACUCCUGGCGAUGGGCCAUCCGCAACAUUGCCGGCCAAAUGCUCUAGGCCACGCUCACGCUGAGCUGUAGUUACGCAUUUUCUUUGUUUUUACGAAUUUCUUCACCACGAAGAACAGCACGAUAUGAUUGAUGAGAGAAAAAGCGAAUCUUUACGAAUCUCAUUUCCGGGUCAUCGGUCUGGAGCAGGAGACAAGCGUUUUUCAUUGCUUUCUCUUCGCUUCAUAUGUGGGAGAGAACCAUACUGAUGAUGACUGAUGAAACGAACUUGACGACAUGAACAUUAUACUUGCCUUUGCUUUACUUUCUUUCUUCGCUUCUUUUUUCUAUUCUUCUUACAGUCCGACAGAUGGAUCCAUAAAACUUUAGGAUACCAAAAUAGAUGCUCAUUGUAAUCAUGGCUUCAGGAGAGGCCUACUCAAUCAAAUGAAAACUCAAGAUCUCCAAUUUUCA